GUAGUCUUGUUGCUGGUGUAGUAACCGAAAUGAUUACGGAACCCGUUCAGUCUGCAUGUGAAACAGAAGUACCGGGACCCGGCUCAACAAUAGAAGCCAAUGACAACAGUUGCAGUCCUUGGAGGGGGGAUAGGGGGUCUGGCAGCAUCUUACUACCUGUGCAAGAGCCCCCAGGUUACCAAGGUCAUUUUAUUGGAGUCCAGCAGUCGCUUCGGAGGUUGGCUGUGGUCCACCAGGAGGUCAGAUGGGGCGGUGUUUGAACACGGACCCAGAGGGAUCCGACCCGCUGGGGCAGUGGGACGCAACACACUCAACAUGGUGGAAGACCUGGGUCUUGGGGGGGAGAUUCUGCCAGUCACCUACACCCACGUCGCCUCCAAGAACAGAUAUGUGUACGUCAACCGACAGCUCCACAGGAUGCCUUCAGGACUGAGUGGACUUCUACGACCCGUGCCACCCUUCUCUCGUCCCCUCCUGCUGAGCCUUGCCACGGAGAUACUGGUGAAGAAGGGCAAGGAGGAUGACGAGUCCAUCCACUCAUUUGUUUCAAGGAGGCUGGGGAAGGAGCUGGCAGACAUAGCUGUGGACAGUUUGUGUCGUGGUGUGUUUGCCGGGGACUGCAGGAAGUUGAGUAUGCGCUCUUGUUUUCCCCUCUUGUACGAUGCAGAGCAGCGCAGAGGUUCGCUGACGCUGGGCAUGCUGCUGGGCUCGGGUCCUGCUCCUGUGGUCCCCCCUGGCCCUCUGGCUCAAAGAUCUAUUCAAGAGUCUUGGGCCCAGUGGUCCCUGAGCCGGGGACUGGAGUCCCUCCCAGAGUCCAUCACCGAGUACCUGCAGCAGAGCGGCCGAGUGCAGCUUCACAGAGAGGCAGCUGUUCAACAGAUCAGUCCUUCAGCCUCUGGGUGGAAGAUCUCAUUGGAGGAUGGAGUCAUGUCAGCUGACCACAUCAUCUCUGCACUGCCGGCUAAAGCCCUCUCCUCCAUCCUGCCCUCCUCCUGCCAGCCUCUCAUCCAGCUGCUGCAGGACAUCUCCACGGUUACGGUUGCGGUGGUGAAUCUGGAGUACGAGGGCUCCGUCCUGCCUGUCGCGGGUUUUGGUCACCUGCUUCCAUCGUCAGAGGAUCGGGGCGUACUAGGGGUGGUCUACGACUCUGUGCCCUUCCCUCAACACAACAGACCUGAUGGAGAGACUACCAGACUGACGGUGAUGAUGGGCGGCGCCUGGUUCCAAGAAGUGUUUGGGGCCCCGGAGGCGGCGACAGAGGAGCGUCUUUUAGCGAGAGCCACCGAGGCAGUGCGCAGCCACCUGGGGGUCUCCACAGCGCCCAGCUGGAGUCGGGUGACUCUACAGAGGGACUGUAUACCUCAGUACUAUCUAGGACACCACCGGAGAGUAGAGUCCAUGCGCCGCUUCAUACGGGAGAAGAGUCUCUCGCUGUCUGUGAUCGGAGCCUCGUAUGACGGCGUGUCGGUCAACGACGUCAUCUUCAGUGGACGAACCGCUGCAGAGGAGCUGGGAGCCGUUUGACGGCGCUGGUCAACGUGUGUGUAGUUUUUUUUUUUUUUUUUUUUUUUUUUUUUAAAUAAAAAAGGAGUGUUGAGAAUCUAUAUGUAAAACAUUUAGUCUUUUCAAGUCUCAACAUUUUCUUCGGCACCACUGUGUAUAAUCGUGAUAGUGUCUAAUAAAAAUGCGGUUGUGUUGAUGAAGUGUGUGAACAUUCUCACACCAUCUGGUUCAAAGAAG